GUCAACUGGCGUGGUAGCCGGCGCAGCUGGGGGUGUAUCUGCUGUAGUAUUCGUAAUAAUAGUGGUCGCCGUUAUUUUCUUCAUUCAAAGGCGACGAAAGCAACGGCCUCCCCGCCAUGUCCGUGAGAAUAUUUCAGAUGUGGAAGGGUUUUCUGAUACACCGCUCGUUUCAGACCAAACCAGCUUGAGAUUGCAAGAAGUCACAAGAACUGCUGAUGUGGCUGAUGGGGACCCAACUUCAACUAGGCACCACGGUGAACAUCAUGGCUCCAAACCGACUAUCAUGGAGAACUACAGGCCCCUCCCGCUGAAGAUUAUGGCAAUCAGCGACCGCGAGUUGACUUGGGACGACAUCUCUCUGACCUCCAAGCUGCUUGGAACAGGCAACUUUGGGGAGGUCCGGAAGGGAACAGUCAACCUGGAUGGUGAAAGGGUGCCAUCGGCAAUCAAAGUACUGAAACGUGGCGCGGAUGAAGCUGACAGGCAAGACUUUCAACAAGAAGUGGACAUCAUGCGCCAUGUUGGCUACCAUCCUUAUAUCAUUAACCUCUUGGGAACCUGUGACCACCAAGGUCAGCAGUAUAUGGCUCUAGAAAUGGCCGGAAAUGGCGAUCUAAAGAAGUACCUGAGAACAUCUCGGAUCCUGGAAACGACAAGUCCAGCCGACGGCAGCAUCCGUCAGACUGUCGACACCGUGUCCACCCUGUCACCGGUCCAGCUCCUCCGUAUCGCCUGUGACGUGGCGACGGGGAUGGAACACCUGUCUUCUAAAGACGUGAUCCACCGUGACCUGGCGGCCAGGAAUGUUCUCCUUACAGACAGUCUUAUCGCCAAGGUUGCUGACUUCGGCCUGUCACGUGGGGAGGGCAUCUAUGAACAAACGUCUCAAAGAGCUGUUCCUUUCCGAUCCACUGCGUUAGAGGCGCUGAGCAGGAGGAUAUACACAACACAGAGUGACGUGUAGGUUUGAACUGUUGAUUAAAUUAUUUCACAAAGGUAGAAUCGACAACAUCUAUGACCCACCACAAAUUUGACCCUUCGGAGUUUUU